AUGCUCCAACCCACUCGACAAGGCCGUCCGCAUGGCUCGCUCACCUUGCUUGCGCUCCUCUCGCUCGCUCCGACAGUCUUCGCUGGUGACCGGCAGUUCACCAUCACCAACAAGUGUCCCUACACAAUCUGGCCAGCAAUCUCGAACUACCUGAAGCCAAUCUAUACAGGUCCGGGAGGAUGGGAAGCGAAGCCUGGGACGAGCAAGACUGUCACAGUACCCUCACCGGCCAAUGUCCGAGUCUGGCCUCGUCGAGGAUGCACGUUCGACGCGAGCGGGAUGGGCAAAUGUGUGACGGGCGAUUGCGCUGGGAAGCUCGAGUGCGGACUCGGGAGUAUCGGCUGGGUCAACGUCGUCGAGAUCAACCUCGAUAGCUGGGCCGGAAAGGACUGCUGGACCGCCCCAAUCGCCGUCGAGCCAGACGGCUGUCCGAGCCUCGCAUGCACGAAAGACGCCAACGCAGCCUGUCCAGACGACCGCAUGAAGCAGAAAGACUCGAAUGGUAACGUUAUCGGCUGUCUUUCAGCUUGUAUGGCGGGCAUCAACGCCCAGGAUCCUAGCUACAACUGCUGCUCUGGCAUCUACAAUUCCGUCCAGGCGUGCGACGCUACCAAGGUCGACUUCUACAAGGUCUUGAAGCCGCUCUGCGAGCAUGCUUAUUGGUAUCCCUACGACAACAACGCUGCCUUCCCCAAAGUCGACUUCCCCUGCCCGGCCGCCGACUCGCCCGGCUACAAGAUCACCUUCUGCCCGGACUCUUCCAACCAUGCGAGCGAUCUUGGGCCGGAUCAGCAGACGGCUGGAGGGUCGACUCCCACGGGGAACGCUGUACCGGCGUCUUCGCCAAAGACGCUGCUUCUGGCGGAUGCGACGCAGGCGCCUGCGUCGUCGACUGGCAGUUCCGCACGCACGAAAGCUGCUUCGACUGGCUCGUCCGCGAGGUCGGCGGACCCCUCUGCGGCGUCCGGUACAGCUUCUGCGGUGGCAACAGCGGCAACGUCUGACCCUGAGCCCUCUGCCGGCGCUACGAGCGGCUCAAGCGACGGCCUUACUUCCGCAGCCUCUCCCGACGUCGCCUCUCCAACUUCCGCACCCACCGACACUGCCUCCCCAGCGACGACCAGCAGCAGCGACAAGACCAUCCUUGGCCUCUCGCAACCGCUCUUCAUCGCCCUCACAGCCGCCGCAGUCCUUUUCCUCCUCCUCGCGAUCGUGCUCGUCUUUCGCCGGUCGCGCUCGUCGCAGGCUCAAGCGGCGUCGUUGGCGAAGACGCCGCAGCGUCAGUAUCAGUCAGGGUCUGAGGAGAGUGAGAUGGAGAAGACCACGGACGAGUCGGAGUCGGAGGAUGAGCGUGGUGGAGGAGUGAGAGCGCGAUUGCCGGCUGGAAGUGCAGCACGAGCAAGCGGCCGGCAGCCUUUGCUGGCUCGGUAG